AUGGGGUGUGGUGCUAGUAAGGAAGAUACGGCCGGCAAGGCAAGAAAUGAUGAGAUCGAGAACCAGCUCAAGAGGGAUAAGAUGGCCCAGCGAAAUGAAAUCAAGAUGCUCUUGCUUGGCGCUGGUGAAUCUGGAAAAUCCACAAUUCUAAAGCAGAUGAAACUCAUUCACGAGGGCGGCUAUUCGCGCGAUGAACGCGAGUCCUUCAAGGAAAUCAUCUACUCCAAUACCGUUCAGUCCAUGCGAGUCAUACUGGAGGCGAUGGAGUCUCUCGAGCUCCCUCUGGACGACCAGCGAGCUGAAUAUCAUGUCCAGACGAUUUUCAUGCAACCCCCCCAGAUCGAAGGGGACAGCCUCCCACCCGAAGUGGGCGCGGCCAUUAAGGCGCUGUGGCAGGAUGCCGGUGUUCAGGAAUGCUUUAAGCGAUCAAGAGAGUAUCAACUGAAUGAUUCCGCACGCUACUACUUCGAUUCUAUUGACCGCAUCGCCGCCCACGACUACCUUCCCAACGACCAAGACGUCCUUCGAUCUCGAGUCAAAACAACCGGUAUCACCGAGACCACUUUCAUCAUCCAAGAUCUUACCUACCGAAUGUUCGACGUGGGUGGCCAACGAUCCGAACGAAAGAAGUGGAUCCACUGUUUCGAAAAUGUGACAACGAUUCUCUUUUUGGUUGCCAUUUCAGAAUAUGAUCAGCUUCUCUUUGAAGACGAGACCGUCAACAGAAUGCAAGAGGCCCUCACACUUUUCGACAGCAUUUGCAAUUCCCGGUGGUUCAUCAAGACCAGCAUCAUCUUGUUCCUCAAUAAAAUCGACAGAUUCAAGGAGAAGUUGCCCGUGAGCCCGAUGCAAAAUUACUUCCCUGACUACGAAGGUGGCCCUGAUUAUGCCGCUGCUUGUGAUUACAUCCUGAAUCGAUUUGUAUCACUCAACCAAGCGGAGACGAAACAGAUCUACACUCACUUCACCUGUGCCACAGACACCACGCAAAUAAGAUUCGUGAUGGGGGCAGUCAACGACAUCAUCAUUCAGGAGAACCUUCGAAUGUGCGGUCUCAUAUGA